AUGGAUCCAACAAAAAAGGGGAAUGAAAAUUUCCCGCAGAGAAAUCAGACACAUGAAGAAAACAACUUCGACUCAGCAUUCCCAUCAUUCAACAUACACUACAAUGUUGAACCAAAGGACUGGAGGCACAUAGAGUUGGUAGAAAAGGAGAAAAAAGACUUCCUGCUUGGCAUUAAAAACGAAAUAAGAUUAAUGCAAGAAGAUAAAAACAAAAUUAAUUAUGUGCUGAAUGUUCAGAAGCAGCAAUUGGAAGAGUUGCAAUUUUUGCUAAAUCGCAUGAAGCACAUGAAAAGGAAGAGUGUUACGAGAGAGGGGGAAGAGCAACUCAAGGUCGAUCUCCUUCCCAUGCCGCGGUACCUAAGGACUGGCACAUUAUUAAGCGUUGACACCCCUGGUGAAGAAAAUAUACUGAGGGCCUUUAACGAACUACACAUUUACAACUUAGACAAGUCAAGGUUAACAAACCGGGGGAGCUUUUACCACAGUUUGGCAGAGCAGUGGGUUGCCUAA